AGGGCAUGUAUAAACAAAAUUCUAAAGAUAAUACUCCUUAAAACAUAGCAGCUGCUACCCGAGAGAAGUAGAUAGGGUUCGUGGUGUGAUAAGAAAAUAUGCUCAUUGCAAAUAUCCACCCCAUCUCCUACAGAAAUACCAUUUCAUCUCAUCUGUUUGUUCCUAAAGGGAAGAGCAGUCCAAGAAAACAUGGAGUUUUUGCACUUGCAGGAAAGAGAAAAUCAUCACCAGCUCAAGAAAACCCCAUUUUGCCUCUGAAACUGUCCAAAACUACUCUUGCUCAGUCUGCCCUCGGAGUUUUUGCAUUGGGAUUUAUAGAUGCUGGGUAUAGUGGAGAUUGGUCACGGAUUGGGGUCAUCCCUAAGGAGAGCGAAGAUGUGCUGAAAAUUGCAGCAUUUUUUGUGGUUCCUUUGUGCCUAUUUAUCAUUUUUUCUUUUUCCAAGAAAACAGAGGAUUGAAAUAUCACACAUUAGUAUCUCUUCUCAGUUCUCACCCUGCCAAAUUCAAUGAAUUCAUUGACCUAUCCUGUUAGUAUGUUUUGAAUCUGAUCACAUUGUGUUCAUUGAAGCAGAGGUUUUCCCUUGGAAUGGAAUUCUCAC